AACUUUGUGACUUCAUGCAUGCUUCCUAAAGCUGUACCCGAGGCGUUCUAUGCCAACUUGACAAUAGACUCUUUAUAUAUAACAUAACUCACACAAAUUAAUCAAAACUUCAGUUCUUUUGUUCCUCACAUUAAGAUCAAUCAGUGCAGCUAUUCCCAAAAUGAAGUUACUCGGUUGGAUGCAUCGUAAGUUUCGACAGAACAGCAGUGAACCACUAAAGGAUUUUUCUGUAGGGAAUCCUUGUACUUGUCUUACUGGGCAGCCAUCAUUGGAUGAUUUACAAGGCUACCCAAAAUCAAAUUUCUACAAUAAGUCGUUGAGCAAAGGCCAAAGAGACAAGCACCUGAGAAAAUCAUUUGCUGGUCUAGAGGCAGCAGUAAGGGCAGAGGACGAUCUCUCAGAAGAGUCAUCUGAGCUCUUCCAUGGGUUCCUUGCAAUUGGUACACUUGGUACUCUUGAUGAUCCCUCGACACCAACAUUUUCCAUCUCCGUGGAAAAUAUAGCUGAAAAGGACACUGAAGUGACAGAAAAUGAACUGAAGCUGAUCAAUGAUGAAUUGGAGAAGGUGCUGGGAGCUGAAGCUAAUAAAGAUGAUGCUUGUAAUCUUUCUUCAGGAAGAAACAGCUAUGUUAGCACCGGGAGAAGCAGCCAUGGUAGCACCAUUACACUAAGUGGCAAGCAAUUGGAAAGUACAGAGAACAAUGGAAAUGGAACAACAGUCUGUCCACUUCAAGGCUAUCUCUUUGGAUCAACUGUUGGAUUGCCAGAGACAACUCCUGCUUCUGCUUCUGAUAAGAAAGAACGUAGGCCUUCACUUGGUGAGCUCUUUCAGAAAACUAAACUAGCAGAAGAAAACUAUGGAGCUAAAUCUGAGAAGCGAACAGAUAAGGAUUCUGAUAAAUCUGCUGUGCACAUCAUGAAAAAAGUACUGAAGAAAAAGAUGCUUCAUGCUUCCUCCCGACACUCAGUAUCUUCUGGGGGAAAUGUUGAUUCAACUUCAGCAGAGCCAAAACUCCAUAAGAUCCUACAAAUGUUCCACAGAAAAGUCCAUCCCGAGCGCUCAAUAGCUGCACAGAAGCCUGAUAAGUCCUCGAAAACUGAGAAGGCAUAUGACCGUGGAGGACCAUCACUUGCACGUGACGAUAUCACGAUUAUCCCUCACCAUCGCCUCUCAAAGGACAGCAUCAAGGUCCUCAAGGGUCAGUCUCACAUGCAACAAUUCACACUAGAUGGUGAUAUAAAUGAGAACCGAGAAUGCUGGAUCAAAACUGAUGCAGAUUACCUGGUGCUGGAGCUCUGAAUUGCCAAAGCAGCUCACAUUAGUUUUGAGACAGGUUCCGAUUCCACUUCCACUUUUCGAGAUUGAUUUUCAGCCUGGCUUGCGAGUAUCUAGGGUGAGCAUCUGACGAGUCGCUGCCCGGAGACUCCUCUAUCUCUGUCUUUAUUUUCUUCCAUUCAGACAGAUUUAUUUAGCAUUUGAGGCUUGUAUUUUCUAGACAUUAUUGUUGCUCUUGUACGAGCCAGUU